AUGUUCAAAUUUGUUGCUUUCUUUGCUUGUGUCUCUGUGGCUUUGGCUGCUCCUGGCUUGGUUACCGAACAUCAUACCGUUGUCCAAGAACCCGUAGUGGCCAAGGUUGGUACUGUGGUUCACAGUGUUCCCUCGGCCACUUCGCAUCAAAGUUUCACUCGUGUCCACAAUAAGGCCGUGGUAGCUCCUGUUGUUUCACCAGUUGUUAAGACCACCGUCCAUGCUGCUGUUCCCGUGGUCAAAACUGUUGAACCUGUUGUUUCGGUGGUGAAAACGGUUGAACCUGUUGUCCCCGUAGUUAAAACUGUUGCUGCUGCUCCCAUUAUCAAGACUGUCGUCCCUGCCGUUCCCGUUGUGAAGACCGUGGCCCCAGUUGUGCCCGUUGUUGGUCAUGCUGUAUCCCACCAAUCUCAUGUCCAAAUACAUUCCAAUGCUGCUGUCGUUGCUCCCGUUGUUCACUCUGUCCCUGUCGUCCAUGCUGCCCCCGUUGCCCAUGUUGUCCAUCAUUAA